GAAUGGACUUGCCCAGGAGGAUGCUAAGAAAGUGGUCAAGCUGAUCAAAGAUGCCGGUUUGAAAGUGCAGGCAUCUAUCAAUGACGACCUGGCAAUGGUGUACCUGGCUGCCGCUGUUGUAAUGGUGCCGAUUGCAAAAAAGCUGGGACUUGGCUCAGUGUUAGGGUAUUUGCUGGCGGGUAUCCUCAUUGGCCCUGCCGUGCUUGGUUUUAUUGGAAACGAAGGACAGGAUGUACUCCAUUUCGCGGAAUUCGGUGUGGUGAUCAUGUUAUUUGUUAUCGGGCUUGAACUCGAACCUGAAUUGUUAUGGAAACUCAGGCGUUCAAUUGUUGGUCUGGGAGGGCUGCAGGUUGUUGUCACCGCUGCGAUUUUUGCCGCUAUUGCGAUGGCAUUUGGUCUUGCAUGGAAAGCAGCGUUGGCCAUGGGGAUGAUCCUGUCUUUAUCUUCAACGGCGAUCGUAUUGCAGACAUUGAAUGAAAAGGGGUUGAUGAAAACAUCCGCAGGGCAAAGUUCCUUUUCGGUCCUUUUGUUCCAGGAUAUCGCCGUGAUCCCUAUGCUGGCUAUAUUUCCGUUGUUAGCCACUUAUUCGCCUGAGGCAAAUGGAGCCGAGCAUCACUCAAAAACAUUUGUAGAUGGUUUGUCAGGAUGGUUACAGACAUUGGUAGUGCUUGGGUCAGUUGCCGUCAUUAUCCUGGCUGGACGGUUUGUGAUACGCCCUUUGUUCCGUAUCGUAGCAGCUACCCGGUUAAGAGAAAUAUUUACGGCAACAGCACUUCUCCUUGUGGUUGGCAUCGCUGUAUUAAUGACACAGGUGGGAUUGAGCCCUGCGUUGGGUACAUUCCUGGCAGGUGUCGUAUUGGCUGACAGUGAGUAUAAACAUGAGCUGGAAAGUGAUAUCGAUCCGUUUAAAGGGUUGUUACUGGGCCUGUUCUUCAUCGCGGUGAUCGUGGCCGCGGAGGAUGCCCUGGAUCAUCAUACCAUCAAAAUGGAUGAAUACAAUGGGGUAUUCGUCGUUGAUCAGAACUGUACCAUCAACAAGAGUGCGACGCGACUCGAUGAUGUUCCAGGCGCCAAUGUUACAACCACGGUGGCGGAUGAUAUGGGUGGAUGGGAACAGAAUGGGAAAAAUGUCAA